AUGUCUGGAAAUCAGUCCAUAAAAUCGAAAUCUUGUCGAAAAAAAUUAGAUAAUGAAACCCAUAAUACAACUAAUCCUAAGAUAAAGGACUUCUUUGACAAGAACCAGGAAUUUUUAGAAGAUUUAGAUGAGAAUGAUCUGAUGCAACUUCUUUCAAUGAUGCGUGAAAGAAAUAAACCAUCUAGAGAUGUAUUAAAUAAACUCUCAGAAGAAAAUCCAAAGUCACCAACAAGAACUAUCCAUAAUGGUAAAUCAGAUAAAAGUAAUAUUCAUAAUGCACAUUCUAAACCAAGAGAUAUAGAUGUAAUUGGUGGCAUGAAGCCGCAACCAGGAGAUAUAGAUAUUGUUGAGUCCAAUGAAUGUUAUAGUAACAAAAUAAAUCCAAAAAUAGGAGAUUUAGAUAUUGCCGAGACUAGCAAACAUCGUAAGCAUAAAGUAAAACCAAUAAGAGGAGACAUCGGUAUUGCUGAGUCUACUGAACAUUAUAGGGUAAGAGAAAAAACGCAACCGGGAGAUAUAGAUAUUGUUGAGUCCAAUGAAUAUUAUAAUCAUAAAGUAAAGCCAAAAAUAGGAGAUAUAGAUAUUGCUGAGCCAACUAUUGGAGAUAUCGAUAUCGUUGAGUCGCGUGAAUCUUAUAACGAUAAAGCAGAGUAUAUAAUCGGAGAUAUUGAUAUAGCAGACUAA